AUGGAGUACUACUCCAUACUUGUUUUCUUGCUUUUCUUGCUGUUCACUCCAAAGUUCAAAGCUCAACAAAGCUAUGCCGGUAACUCAGUUCUGGACUGUAAUAGCACUGAUGAUGCAGGGCCAUCCUCGGCUUUUCUUUACACCUGCAAUGGUCAGAAGCAGUCCUGCAAGUCUUUCUUGAUCUUCAAGUCUCAACCUCCUUACAAUUCACUCUCCGCCAUCUCAAACCUCACAUCUUCAGACCCAUCUGAGCUUGCUCGAAUCAACAUCAUCUCCGCUAACACACAGUUGUUGCCUACAAGCAAAGAGGUGAUUGUUCCUGUGGUCUGUUCUUGCUCAGGUCAGUACUAUGAGGCCAAAACCUCUUUUCUAGUUCCCAGCAUUGAUGACACCUAUUUUACAAUAGCAAACAACACAUAUCAAGGUUUGUCUACUUGUGAUGCUCUCAUGAGCCAUAACAAUUACAGUGCAACUAGUGUGGAACCUGGUUUGAAGUUACAGGUACCACUUAGGUGUGCUUGUCCAACAAGAAACCAAACUUUGAAUGGUACUAAAUUUUUGUUAACCUACUUGGUUAGCUGGGAUGACUCUGUCUCUGAAGUUAGUAAGAGAUUUAAUGUCAGUGAAAAGAGUGUCCUUCAGGCCAAUGGGUUUACAGAAGACGAUCCUACUUUGUUUCCCUUUACAACAAUUCUCAUUCCACUUCCAGUAGAGCCUUCAAGCUUUCAAACCCAAAUCCAGUAUCCCCCGCCACUGAUUUCUCCUUCGGUUAGGCCUAUUCAUGGAAAAACAAGGUUAAGGAAAGUAUAUGUUUGGAUAGGGAUUGGAGUUUUUGUAGUAGUCCUUUGCAUGAGUCUCUUUGUGGCCCUCUUGUAUCAUCGGAAAAGGGGUUCUCCAAAGAUUAUUGCUGAAGGAAAAUCCAAAAAGGAAUUGGAUUUGCAAGAAGAACUGUAUGUUUCCAUUGCUAAAGCUGAUGCUGGUUUGAAACUCUAUAGAUAUGAAGAACUGGAAAGUGCUACAGAUGAUUUCAGCAGCAAGAACUGGUUAGGUGGCUCUGUUUAUAGUGGCUUUCUCAGUGGAAAUGUGCUAGUAGCCAUAAAAAAGAUGACCAAAGAUGUGAGUGUGGAGGUGAAGUUACUGCAAAAGAUCAACCACUUCAAUCUGAUAAGUCUUUUGGGCGCGUGCCAACACUGUAAGGAUUUCUACCUUGUCUAUGAGUUCAUGGAGAAUGGUUCAUUAAGAGAUUGGCUAAGUUGUCCACAAGUUUUGGGAUGGAAGCACAGGGUUCAAAUUGCUUUGGACAUUGCCAAUGGGCUUCACUAUCUUCACAAUUUCACCAGUCCUGCCUAUGUGCACAAGGAUAUUAAAAGUAUCAAUAUUCUUCUCAAUAAAGAUUUAAGGGCAAAGAUUGCCAAUUUCAGUCUUGCAAGAUCAGCAGAGAAGGAAACUUAUGGCUUUUCAUCUCGGAAGUUUGCACAUGUAUCAAAAGGCUACAUGGCACCAGAAUAUAUAGAAUAUGGGUUGGUGACACCUGCAAUGGAUGUAUAUGCUUUUGGGGUUGUCAUGCUGGAACUAGUAACAGGAAAAGAAGCUGUCUUCACUGAGGAUGGAGUAGAAGCACUUCUUUCAGAAGCUGUGUUUUUAGUAAUGGAAGGAGGAGAUGGAGAAGUUGCCCUUGUUGGAAUAGUAGAUCCCAAUUUGAAUGUAGAGCACUUGAUGGAGUUUGCAGUAAGAUUGAUAAAGUUAAGUCUAGCCUGCUUGGCUGAAGAACCAGAAGAUAGACCUAGAAUGCCUCAAGUACUCUCAUCUGUGCUGAAAAUACAAUUGGAUGCAAAUAGGAAAAUACAGAACUUUUUGUAA